AUGGAGCUGCUGUCGCCGCCGCUGCGCGACGUGGACUUGACGGGUCCUGAUGGCUCUCUCUGCUCUUUUGCCGCAGCCGACGACUUCUAUGAUGACCCGUGUUUCGACUCCCCAGACCUGCGCUUCUUCGAGGACCUGGACCCGCGCCUCGUGCACGUGGGCGCGCUCCUGAAGCCCGAGGAGCACUCGCACUUCCCCGCGGCCGUGCACCCAACCCCCGGCGCGCGCGAGGACGAGCAUGUGCGCGCGCCCAGCGGGCACCACCAGGCGGGCCGCUGCCUACUGUGGGCCUGCAAAGCUUGCAAACGCAAGACCACCAACGCCGACCGCCGCAAGGCCGCCACCAUGCGCGAGCGGCGCCGUCUGAGCAAAGUCAACGAGGCCUUCGAGACGCUCAAACGCUGCACGUCGAGCAACCCGAACCAGAGGUUGCCCAAGGUGGAGAUCCUGCGCAACGCCAUACGCUACAUUGAGGGCCUACAGGCGCUGCUGCGCGACCAGGACGCCGCGCCCCCUGGCGCCGCCGCCGCCUUCUAUGCGCCAGGCCCGCUGCCCCCCGGCCGCGGUGGCGAGCACUACAGCGGCGAUUCCGAUGCGUCCAGCCCGCGCUCCAACUGCUCCGACGGCAUGAUGGACUACAGCGGCCCCCCGAGCGGCGCCCGGCAGCGGAACUGCUACGACGGCGCCUACUACAGCGAGGCGCCCAGCGAAGCCAGGCCCGGGAAGAACACGGCGGUGUCGAGCCUCGACUGCCUGUCCAGCAUCGUGGAGCGCAUCUCCACCGAGAGCCCCGCGGCACCCGCGCUUCUGCUGACUGACGCGCCGCCGGGGUCGCCACCCGGCCAGCCAGAGGCUGCCGCCCCGAGCGAGGGCGACCUCAGCGUCCCCACCCCAUCCCCCGACGGCGUCCCGCAGUGCCCCGCCGGUGCACACCCCAACCGGAUCUACCAGGUGCUCUGA